AAACCAAUCAUCCACAUCCACGCUCUCUCGCUUUGAACAUUGCCUGACAUUCUAUGUACACACUUCUUGAAAAUCCUCCUCACGAUCAGGAGACAUGGCGCUUCACUUUGCCCCAAACACAUCUCACCCCUCCAAGGAGAAGGAGGGACGAUAAUAGGAUUUUCGGCAAAUUUAUCAAGUUUGCGCCGGAGGCAAUCACCCUAAGCAUCCUCCAGUUUCCGAGCAACCGCGUUCUGCACAGCGAUGAUCCAGACAAGUUCAUUCUUGUUUCCUUCGAGAAACUGCGAUUCCCUCAGGGUGGCCUGAAGAUCAUAACAGGAUACAUAAACCGGUUGAUGCAAGCGGGUUUGUUUAUCAACGAUACUCAGUAUCGCUUUUACCCACAGCAACAGUCAGCUGCGAAGCAGGACAUGCUUCAUGAGGGAAGCUAAUAGUGAUGCUGAAUUGGACGAGAGAAUAUAUCAGAUGGGUGACUUUGGCAAGAUAAUGAGUGCCGCAAAA